AUGGAUAGACUCGCAGCAAUGAGAGUCAUAUCUGACUACGUUGCCUCUGCCUGCACAUGGCGUUGCAGCCGCGGUGGACCGUACUCUCGAGCAGACGACCGUGCCUAUGAGAUGGCCGAAGUUAACAGCACUACAAACUUGACGGGCGGAGGGGACGGCAUGAAUGCCUUUUAUUCAGAGAUUUCAUCCAUCCAAGACAGCCUCAAAACAUUCAACACCAACGUGUCGCGCAUCGACGAGCUGCACUCCCGCUCACUCAACAACACCGACGAUGCUGCGCAGCAGCGCGUGGUUUCGCAGUUAGAGCAGCUUGUGGCAGAGACCAGCGAGUUGAGUACCCAGCUCAAGCGACGAAUCCAGACACUCGAGAGACAAGGUGGAAGUGGACGGGACGGCCAAAUCCGCAAACAACAGACUGCUUUCGUGAAGUCGAAGUUUGUGGAUGCUAUUCAGAACUAUCAACAAGUUGAGCAGCAACAUCGCCAAAAAUACAAGCAGCGCAUAGAGAGGCAGGUUAAGAUUGUCAAACCGGACGCGACUCCCGAAGAGAUACGGGCUGCGGUCGACGACGAGAGCGGAGGGCAGAUUUUCAGUCAAGCCCUCAUGAACUCAAACCGAUAUGGUGAAUCAAGAGCAGCUUAUCGGGAGGUGCAAGCGCGGCAUCAAGACAUACUACGAAUCGAGAAAACCAUUGCCGAGCUUGCGCAAUUGUUUAAUGAUGUCACGUCUUGGUUGAGCAACAGGAUGAGAACGAUAAAUGCCAUUCAAACAACUGCCGCGACAGUGGAGAAAGAUACGGAAGUGGGACUUCAACACACCGAAAAGGCUGUCGUGUCAGCACGGGCUGCUCGCAAGAAACGAUGGAUCUGUUUCUUCAUUUCGCUUCUUAUCCUUAUCAUCGUUGGUGUCGUCGUGGCGGUGGUUAUCACGAACAACACGAAGAAGACGUAA